AUGUCUAUAGGCUUACCACAAUACGCCGUAGAGCCAAGUCCUAUAUUCUUAGACGACUUUGUCACGGCAAGACAGGAUCUCAACUGCAGGACUCUUUUCAUCAUGGCAACGCUUCAUCUCUUGUUGGCUAGCAGGACUACUCUGAACCAGGACACAGGCUUCCAAUACAGAUUUUGCGCCUCGGGACUUGUCGCUUAUAUGGUUGUUGAAGGUGUUUCACAUAUAAUCGCCCUUGCGAAACUCCAUCGAGACUUACGCACGUGGAAGAAUGCAACUUUUCUGAUUUGCAUCAGCAUGCUUGUGUCUCGCAUGAUAUUUUUCGGCAUGAUUUUCGGCGAUUCUGGAAUCAUAGGGCUUUCACGAAAAGUGUUUGGGUUGAUUGCUUCGAUUGCAAAGUCAAUCAUCGUGUCAGGAUCAUAA